GCGGGGCCGGCCUGGAACGAGGCGGGGUCUCGCGUGGCCCCGGAUGCGGCCCCGCCCCCGAGGAACCGGAAGUGAGCGGGCGCUGGGAGCGACGGGGCGCGGCGGGAGCCUGGCCGACCUGGCUGGCGCGGUAAUCACUGAUCAUCGCAGAUGCUCUCACAUUUCUCCUUGGUUUCCUUGGAUACGGAUAGAUUCUGAGCUGCCUUUCCCAGCAAAAAAAGAAAGAUGUGGAAAGCUUCUGCAGGCCACGCCGUGUCCAUCACCCAGGACGAUGGGGGAGCCGAUGACUGGGAGACUGACCCCGAUUUUGUGAAUGAUGUGAGUGAGAAGGAACAAAGAUGGGGCGCCAAAACCGUGCAGGGAUCGGGUCACCAGGAACACAUCAACAUCCACAAGCUGCGAGAGAACGUCUUCCAAGAGCACCAGACACUCAAGGAGAAGGAGCUGGAAACGGGGCCCAAGGCUUCCCACGGCUAUGGCGGGAAGUUCGGUGUAGAACAGGAUAGGAUGGACAAGUCAGCUGUUGGCCACGAGUACCAGUCAAAGCUUUCCAAGCAUUGCUCACAAGUGGACUCAGUCCGGGGCUUUGGAGGCAAGUUUGGUGUCCAGAUGGACAGGGUGGAUCAGUCUGCCGUAGGCUUUGAAUACCAGGGGAAGACGGAGAAGCAUGCCUCCCAGAAAGACUACUCUAGUGGCUUCGGCGGGAAGUAUGGUGUGCAAGCCGACCGUGUGGACAAGAGCGCCGUGGGCUUUGACUACCAGGGCAAGACGGAGAAGCACGAGUCACAGAAAGAUUACUCCAAAGGUUUUGGUGGCAAAUACGGAAUCGACAAGGACAAAGUGGAUAAAAGUGCUGUGGGCUUUGAGUACCAAGGCAAAACAGAGAAGCACGAGUCCCAGAAAGACUACGUGAAAGGGUUUGGAGGAAAAUUUGGUGUGCAGACAGACAGACAAGACAAGUGUGCCCUUGGCUGGGACCAUCAAGAGAAGCUGCAGCUGCAUGAGUCCCAAAAAGACUAUAAGACUGGUUUCGGAGGCAAAUUUGGUGUUCAGUCCGAGAGGCAGGACUCCUCCGCUGUGGGGUUUGAUUACAAGGAGAAAUUGGCCAAGCACGAGUCCCAGCAAGACUAUGCCAAAGGAUUCGGCGGGAAGUAUGGGGUCCAGAAGGAUCGGAUGGACAAGAACGCAUCUACUUUUGAAGAUGUGGUCCAGGUGCCCUCUGCCUAUCAGAAGACUGUCCCCAUCGAGGCUGUGACCAGCAAAACCAGUAAUAUCCGAGCUAACUUUGAAAACAUGGCAAAGGAGAGAGAGCAGGAGGACAGGCGGAAGGCUGAAGCAGAGAGAGCUCAGCGGAUGGCCAAAGAGAGGCAGGAGCAGGAGGAGGCUCGAAGGAAGCUGGAAGAGCAAGCCAGAGCCAAGAAGCAGACACCCCCUGCAUCCCCUAGUCCUCAACCAGCUGAGGACGGACCGCCCUCCAGCCCCAUCUACGAGGAUGCAGUUCCGUUCAAGGCAGAGCCGAGUUACCGAAGUAGUGAGCCGGAGCCCGUGUACAGCACUGAGGCCGCAGGUGUCCCUGAGGCCAGCAGCCAGCAAGGCCUAGCCUACACAUCAGAACCUGUCUACGAGACCACCGAAGCUCCCGGCCACUACCAAGCAGAGGAUGACACCUACGAUGGAUACGAAAGUGACCUGGGCAUCACAGCCAUCGCCCUGUAUGACUACCAAGCUGCUGGCGAUGAUGAGAUCUCUUUUGACCCUGAUGACAUCAUCACCAACAUAGAAAUGAUUGACGAUGGCUGGUGGCGCGGGGUGUGCAAAGGCAGAUAUGGGCUCUUCCCAGCCAACUACGUGGAGCUGCGGCAGUAGGGCAUCCGGCCAGCACCGACCAGCACCAGCACGGGGUUCACACUACAGAUCAUCUGCGUGUAUUUGAGUUGGUUUCUGUUUCUGUUUCUGUUCUCUGAAGGUGGGGAAGGGAAUAUACGUAUUGCCUUUAUAUUUAAUACUUCUGCUGAUGCUUCAGGCCAUGUCCUGCCACAGAAUUUGCUAAUAUCUGAUAAUCGUGUUCAUAGAGAACCUGGGUGAUUACUUUCAGCAUCCCAGUUUGCCAGGUUGACCGUGGUAUGUAGCCACUUCAGGGUCUGUGCCUCUCCUGAGGUUGGUGGUACCUGUGGCCUUGUGUGCCCCGCCCUCCCCCAUGGCAGUCGGAUUCUCCAGAAGGCUCCUGGAGCGGCCACUCAGCGAGGGGGCUUUCUGGGGUCCAGUGUUUGGAAGAAGAGGAAAGGGGACCAAAGGAAAGUGAGGUAGCAGUGGAGGGGGAUUCUGGGAGUCCUGGAGCGUUGACACUAUGUGGGAGGUCCUGUCUGUCAGUGCUGACAACUUCAGCCAGGAUCCCAGGCUUCCUGUACUCCGCCUCCUUAUCUCAUCUCAUCUUGUACCUCCCCUGACGCCCUAGUCUUGGUUGAACCUCUUCUCUUGCCUUUCCUUCAAGUGUUACUUUCUCCUAUCUGCAUUCAAGGCCCACAGCACAAAGCGCAUCUUAAGAGAUGUGCUGGUCGCUCUCCUGGGCUUGGCUUGCAGCGUGGGAGUCAGCGGCAGGGUGUCCUAGCCCUGCUCACGACCCCUGAGGAGCCCAGAGUGUGCUGUGUGUGGCCAGCCACUUGGCUGGGCAGGCAGGCCAGGCAGGCUUUUCCCUGCAAGCUUCCAGAAGCAUGCUCCCUGCGAGGGAGCUGUGUUCUUUUUAUUUUGCCAAAUCUGUUCAGUUAAUCGAAUGAUUGAUUGAUUGGUUGGUUGAUUGAUUGAAGUGGCUGAAAGCAAGACUGGGAGUGAACUAAUGCUGGGUGCCUGCUGCCCAGUUGCUUCCUGGAGCAACUGUCCCUAAGAUGCUUUCAAGUCUUUGAGACAACAGGAGGCUGGGCCACGCUGAUUGUGCACAGGCAGGCAGACAGCAUGUCCUUAUAGACGAGUCCCCACCACUGGGACACAUGAGGCUCGAUGCCUGUUUUCUCCCCAUGUGCUUUCUUGCAGAAUCCUUGCCUUUCUGUUGUUAGGUCAGGUUUUCUAUAUGAAUUAUCAUCUGAAAUUCUGUAGCACAUCUCAUAGGUAUGGAUUUUUUUAAAUUAAAUAUUCCGAAUAAACUUUUUUUGAUCCA